AUGUAAAUAUUUGUUAAAACUGUAUUUGGUAAAAUAAUUACACUUGAUGUCUGUGAGUCUGAUACAAUUCAAAAUAUAAAGGCUAGAAUAUUUGAUUUAGAAGGUAUUCCAAUAGAAUAAUAAAAGCUCUUAACACAAAAAUAGGGUUUGUUAGAUCAAAAAACUCUUAAAGACUAUGACAUCUAAAAUGAGGAUACUUUGAAUUUAGUAUUUUGCUUAAAAGGUGGAAUGCAAAUAUAUAUUAAGACUUUAACAGGGUAUACUAUUACUUUAGAUGUAUCUGAGUCAGAUACCAUAGAAAAUAUUAAAUAUAAAAUCCAACACAAUGAGGGUAUCUCAUUUGAUUAAUAACGACUUAUUUUUGGUGGAAAAUCUCUUGAAAAUUUGAGAACUCUUUCAGAAUACAAUGUCUCUCAAAAUUAUGUUUUGCAUCUUGUUUUAAGUUUAAGAGGAGGCAAGUAAAACACAUUAAAUUGUAAAAAAAAUUGA